UCACGCAUUCAUAUAGCCUAUCCUAUUCUGCGCAGCUUCCCCCUCCGUCUCCUGAGCAUCUUCUUCCGGACGUGUUCUACCACUUCAUAAGCCCUUUCCGACCGCUACAAUCUAGCAUUUUCUCCUCAUCACAUCACAAGUUUGCAGGUCGCGUUUGAGGAUGAAGGCAAGGAAGUUCGCAGUGUUUUUGGUCGUAGUUUCGGCCAGUGCCUUUCUGGUCGAGGCAGCGCGGAUCAGGAAAGACUCCAGCAGUCAGAACAGUCUGAAGAGGGCCGCCAGUGGCUUCUAUCAAACCCUCAGCAAUGUCUUCGGAGAGGAGAACAUCAGGGCUCUGUACAAGUUCUUCUCAAAGACUACAGAGAGCUUUGUCCAUGCAGUUGAUUCAUUAUUGGACACCUUGUGGAAACUGUGUGUGGAUCUUCUGGAUGUUAUAGGUAUCGACUCGUCUAACCUGACUCACUACUUCAGCCCAUCCUCCGUGUCCAAUUCUCCGGCUCGUGCUCUCCUCCUGGUUGCAGCCUUGUUGGCGGCCUACUGGUUCUUGUCUUUGUUCCUCAGCGGCUUCUUUUUCAUCCUCCAUGCCGUCUUUGGCCGUUUCUUCUGGCUGGCACGUGUGGCGCUGUUCGCUCUCUCCUGCCUGUACAUUCUGCAGAAGUUCGAGGGCGACCCAGAAAAGGCCGUCCUGCCUCUGUGUUUCAUCAUGGCUGUGUACUUCAUGACCGGACCUGUGGGAGCAUACUGGCGGAAAGGAGGCGGAUCUGGAACUCUGGAGGAGAAGAUCGACCACCUCGAUACUCAGAUCCGCCUUCUUAAUAUUCGUUUGAGCAGGGUGAUUGAAAACCUGGAACGCUCGAGUGACCAUGACCAAUGAAGGCUGGGAUUUGUGGGAUGGGAUGAGAAGAUUUUUUUUUUAAAUGUUUCUUUUUGCCCCUUUUUCUCAGGAUUUCCCAAUAUGAUCAUUGCAAAGAAACCUUUUAGUCAGGCACGAGUUGUAUGUGAUGUUGUACUUAAAUUUUAUUUUCCAGACUAGAACGUUUCCAUUGCAUUCGUCCUGUUGUUGUAGAAUGUAUUAGAGUUCAUUAGCCAUCCAUUUCACAGAGUAAAUAUCAGGACUUUUUUGUAUAUGGUGUGUAAUAGAAGUGUGUCUGAAAUAGAAGUGUGUUUCUUGGCCUUGAGUUGAGUGUGUUACUCCAUUACGCAGUGUUAUGCCUAAUUGUCCAUAAGCUUUGUUUUUUUUGUGUGUGUUUAUUUAUCAGUCAUGAAAGCAAUGCUAUGAAAAAGAUCAUUCGGAAACACUCGAAGUGUGAAGUAUAGCCAGUAUCACUGCAUGUUGUCUCCUUUUACGAGGUCACAGGGGUCACUCUGAGUUCAGGACCGUGUAGCACUAUCAAUGCUAGAGAUGUAUUUGGAAAUCACUUUCAGAAAGCAGCUAGUCAGCAGAAGCGUGAGGGUAUCUGACCAGUGUUCCUGGCAGCUACAUUACAGUGCUGCAAUGUACGCUGGUAUCUCUGUCCUAAUUCAGCUACGAGAAUGCUGUUCUCAUGUGGUAAGAUAACAAAGUACAGGGUAAAACCUGGUCAUGCACUUUGUUCUCAGCACGAGAUCGUGAGUAACAGAAUCUGAUUGGUUUCAGGUGGGCCAAUUGUCCUUUCGGGACCUUUCGUGGUGGAUACACUGUAUUAAAAUGUACGGAAAGGGAUUUUUUGGACUAAUGUUUGAAUCCCACUACUUUAACUAUGAUCUUAUUUAUACUAUCUAGUUUAUUGAUGACCCCUCGAUCUGUAAUCUUUUUCUUAAACAUCAGCUGAAUUCCUGCUCCAGAAUGCCUCAUUACUGCAUGUCUGGUUCUCAUUAAGAUCUAACCUGUCUCAUCUGCUAUACUUUUCAGAAUGCAGAAUUCACAUUUAUUUACAGUCUGUUUUGGAUGUAUAACUGAAUGCUACUGAAGUUUGGUUGCCACAAAAAAUGCUGUUUUGCAUGUUUGCAUACAUGCUUUGAACAUUCAUUCCCUGCCUAAAAGGUGUAUAACUGUUAUUCCCUUUUUUAACACAUUUUAUACAAUAUAUAAAAAGUAUUCUGAAUGGUUAAUGUUCAACUAUAUUAUCAUUCCAUGCUAUGUUUUAAAAAAACAUUUUUAUGAUUAUUUAAUUCUUACAUCAUUAACGCAUUGUAUCGAAGUUGAGAAAUGGCAUUGAUUGGAAUUGGAAACAUUUCAUAUAUGCGUCACCAUAUUGUUAUUAUUUAUUGUGCAUAUUGUUUUUCAAAAUCGUUUUGCUAAAUCUAAAUUGUUAUUAUAAAUGUCUCUCAUUUGUUGUAGGCUACCCUAAAUGAAUUUAAAGGCUGUGUUAUACACUAAAAUCACUGAAACCUGUUUUACUGUAUAUGUUGUGAAGGAUGGUACCUACGUAUAGUCUUUAAAUCAUACAAUGCAAGCACCAGCUUUUGUGUAAUUUUCCAAAUGAUCAACACUCGUAAUUACAAUGCACCAGCAUUAUUGUAAAAUACUGGGAAGUUACACAUCUUAACACUCCCAUAUACAGACAAAUUGUGUCAAUGUGCUUUGUAGUGUUAAAUAUUUUGCCACAGUAAUACGCUGUGGAUUUGUGUACUGUGGCUUCUUAUAUUUUUAAUUUGUGUCGGGAUUGCAAUGCAGAAACACGUUUCACCACUCCUUUUUCAAGUCCUGAGUCAGAUUUGAAUUAUUAUACAAGUAUUGUAUUAACUCUGCAUUAACUUUGUUACAUCAAAUGUUAGGGAGACUGACUUAACCGCAAAGAUAAAGUGUGUCUUAGAUCCCAAAUGACCGAGCCAGUGCCAAGCAGUAUGUGUUGUGCGCAUUGUUUUGACAGAUUUUCAUAGAAAGCACUGAAUCUUUGUGAAGUCUAGUGUCUUUGCCUAGUAAAUGCCUAGAUUUCUAUCAGGUUUGCUUUUGUACUGUAUCAUUUUCAUGCUUGCUGUGGUAUUAUUUGCGCUGUCUGUAUCGUGUGUUUAUGAUGCUCGUUUUAAGAAAAAAAUCUCUUAAGAUAAAAUGACGGUCCAAAAAUGGUUUAAUAAAUAUAAUAUCUGAUUUGACUAACUUGACUUGUGAUUUUUUUUAGUAUUUAGUAGCCCAAUCUGAUUGCUGUUAAUGUUGUCAUCGUUAAUGUUUGCUCACAUUGUAUUUCAUGUUGCUUCAUCUCAAAAUGUGGUGUGUCUGUGAUGCAACAGAGAUUCUUGUUUGAAUAUUGCUUCAUUUGUCUGUUUCAGAGGGCCUUAAAUCAACUCUCUAAAGCUUUUGCCAGUAUGGAGAAGGUCAAUUGAUGUAUCAGACACACAGGCAACUUAAACCUGACCUAAUGAACAAAAUCUUUGCUGGCAUUCUAUAUAUGUUGGAUUGAAGCCCAGAGUUCUAGGCAUGACUAUCUGUAAUGCUGAAGUUGGUCCUUGAGAUCUUUGCACAAAUGGAUUGAAUGUAUUACACAAUGCACAGGUUGUUUGAUACCCUCAAGGUGAAAGCUUGUGAUGUAGCUAUACUUGGCACUUAUUGCCACUUCAUGCACAGUCAUGCAGUUUAGCAUUUUUAUAUUGAAUCUGCCACUGUGGGUUGCUAAAAUCAUCUUAGUUUCUUCUUAUUUCGUAGUUAUUGUAUUGAUUAGCUUGUCUUGUCAUAUACUCAAAUUGUGUUUCAUCAAAUGAACCAGGAAACCAGAUGCAAGCCCAUUUUUUUUAUAUGUUUACUCCUAUUCCUUGCAGACUGGCCAUUUAUCCAAGGUGAACCCUGCCUAUAGGUCCUAGGAUAGACUCCAGCCCUGCAAAAGAUAAGCAGGUUUGGAGACUAUCAGU